UUGAGGUCCUGCCCCGCGGCCACGGUUGGAGCAGCAGCUGCUUGGGGACUGCGGUGGAGCGAGGGGACCUCAGAGGUGUCCCCAAGGUGAGGGAGCUGGGCACGGCACGAGUGCUGGGGCUGGCACGGUGCCCGAGGCCAUGGCUUGGGUUUUGGCAGGGCGACGUGGCACCACAACCAGUUGGGGACAGAGAGGUCCCUGAGGUGGGGCUGGGCAUGGACCCGUGUCCCCAGCUCUCUGGACAUCAUGCUUUCACCUUGCAGAUGAACCUCCUCGCCCAGGUGAGCAGCUCCAGGCAGGUAAGUGCCAGCACCCCACCCCACCCGUCUCAGCCCUGGCACAGCAGGGCCAAAUCCGGCGCGCCCUGCCUUUUCCUCAGCACCCAUGGGUGCUCAGCACCUAGAGGAGACGGCCCCUUCUCGGAGGGUUUCCCCAACCAUGGAGACCCAAGCUGUGCCCAAGCCACUGGGGAUGGGGGAUGAGCCAGUGGGUCAGCGAUGCUGCCGCUGUCCCCAGGGCACCGGUGGCCCUGAAACAUGGACGGGUCCCCAGACAGUGGCCGGGGCGGUGAGCACAGCAGCGUUCUUCCUCUGCGAGGAGAUGCUGGGCCAGCACUUUGAUGAGGUCCCCGAUGGGGUGGCCGAGCCCCAGCCUGGGGACCUCUUCCUAUUCCCGCUGGCCUCGGGGGGCCCUGGCUGGUGGGGUGCCCACGUCGGUGUCUACUGUGGUGACGGGGAGAUCAUCCACCUGGAAGGCAGCUCGGGGACGUCCCCAUCAGGGAUUGUGGCCAAGCACGGCAAGAGCCACCUCCUGCGGACGCGGGGUCCAGCAAAGGUGCUGCGGAGGAAGGGAGGGCUGGAUGCAGCCGCCCUGCAGCAGCGGAUCCGGGCAGCCAUGGACCAGGUGGUGGAGUACGACGCUGUCACCUGCAACUGUGUCCACUUCGCCCUCGCCCUGCUGGGACUGGGUCAGCUCACCACCACCAUGGUGUCCCCAGCGCUGCAGUGAUGGAGGCGGCGAUGCACCCAGGGGACACGUGGGGCCAGAGCAUCCUUCCCAGGGGACCGGCCUUGUGCCGAC